UGAUUAUUCAUCAUUUUGACUAACUAUUUUAAAUAUUUAUUUUAUUGAUUGUAUGAUGAGCCUUGAAAAAGGAACAAGACGUUCCGAAACGUUGGCAAAAUCAUAAUUGAUUAUUCAUUUCUGUCCAAAUUCCUAUGACAAAUUGCUUAAUUUUUAAAACAUGGACGUGAAUAGUACAGAAUCUUUUAUACCGAGGGGAUUAUUCAACGAAGUUAGAGUGAAUUAUGGUGAAGAUGUGUAAGAAAUUUUCAAACCUCAAGAUCAAGUUGGCGUCGAUGAAGAAUCGCACAGUGUUUUUAUUACAAUGCAGGAGACUGAAGGUUUACCUCAACCAUAUUAAUAAUUAUAUAAGACAGAUAUAUUCACUUCAACUUGAGGAGCAUCCGUACACCAGACAAGUAGCCGUUAUCAUGGAGAAUUUUCAGAAAUCAGUGUUAAAUCUUGAAAUUAAAAUUACUCUAUGGAAAAGGAAGAACCUACAACAGUCUAUUGACUCUCUUGUAAACAUACUGGAAACACUUUUGGACGAACACACAUGGGCAAAUUUAAGACAUUUCAUAGCACAUAAAUUCGAGUGCUCUUUCCAAAGAAUAAGAAAAAUCAAUAAGCAAAAACUAGCAAGACUACAGAGCAAACAAAAUCAACCUAUUACAAUUAAAGAAUGUAAAAGUUCCUCGUCAAUUAUACCAGAGUGGAGAUUCCAGAGGAAGCUCGUAUUGUAUUAGGCAUGGGACCAAGACAUGGCAUACUCCCAAAAAAUGUUCCAAUACCAGAACUCAUCAAAGAUGUUGAAAGUUUCAUACAAACAUUAUCACUGGAAGAAAAUGAGAAGAAUGGAGUCAGAUCAAGAUGUGCUAGAAUAAUUCAAAACUUCAUGGAAAAACCAAGAACUCCGGACCACUUUAGAAAAUAUUAUCAUAUUACAUCGAAAUUCAUCAGAGACAAUCCAGACAUUGUGGUCAGCAAGUCGGAUAAGGGUAACACAACAGUAGUUAUGUACAGGGAGGAAUAUACUCGAGGAGUGAACAAUCAACUAAGUGAUAGCACUACAUACAAAAUUUUAAACAGGGAUUCAACAAGAAAGACUCAGGACAACAUCAACAAAUUUUUGAAGACGCUCAGAGAUGAACAGAUGAUAACAGGAACACAAUAUAAAGAACUAAUCAGACACAACAGUAUUCCUCCAAAAUUAUACUGUUUGAGAAAAACUAACAAACAAGUUGCCAGUUUCAGACCAAUUGUAAGUUGUAUAGGUUCGCCUGGUUAUAAUGUCGGCUCAUUUCUACAUAAAAUUUGAAGUAACGUUCUUUCCUCUUCGAAAUUCAAAGUAAAGGACUCGUUCUCUUUUGUUGAAGAACUGAAAAACAUCCAUGUUCCUGAAAAUUACAAGCUAGUGUCUCUCGAUGUCGUGACCUUGUUCACUAACAUCCCAAAAUCAUUAGUAGUUCAGGUGAUCUCCAAAAGAUGGCGAUAUAUAAGUUGCUUCACUGAAUUGGAUAAGAGCAGUUUCAUCAAGUUGGUUGAUAUUGUAUUCGACAGUAGUUACUUUACAUUCAAUAACACUUUUUAUAAACAGUUGGAUGGCACAGCUAUGGGAUCCCCUGCCAGUCCUGAUUUUGCUGAGUUGGUUAUGUUGGAGGUAUUUGAAUAUGUUUCAGGUAAACUGAAUUUUGACAUACCUAUCUUGAGAAUAUAUGUUGAUGACACAUUUCUGCUCGUACCUGACAACCACAUUGAGUCAACACUUAAUUUGUUCAACUCAUUUCACGAGAAAAUCCAGAUCACUAUAGAGAUAGAAAAUGAUAAGUGCCUACCUUUUCUUGAUGUUAUGGUGAUAAGAGAAAACAACAAAAUGAUCACAGAUUGGUAUGCAAAACCAUCUAAUUCUGCUAGAUGUCUCAACUUUUUUCCAACCAUAGUUCCCAACAAAAGAAAAAUAUAGCUACCAAUUUAAUUCACAGAGCUCUAUCACUAAGCCACAAAAAGUUUGAGGAGAAGAACAUCAUGAAAAUAACCAACAUACUCUUGAACAACAAUUACCCCCGUUACUACAUCAAAAAAGCGAUAAAUAACUACAAACUCAAGCGGAAUCAGGUUUGCCUUGUUAACAAUAGUGGAGACGUCAAUACAAUGGCUAAUACGGUGAACAACAUACACAUUGGCUCACAAACUGAGGUGACUGCAAAGUUAAAAUAUUUCAAGCUCGCAUUUUUCCCUGGGUUAUCCUACAAGCUACACAAUGUAUUCAAGGGAUUUGGUUGCA